GUGGCUGGCACCACUUCCUGAAUAGCAUGUGUGUGCACUGGGAAAAAUGUAGCUAGAGACCUGGAAAAAGAAUGUGGCAAGGACUGAGGCAUAGACGGGAAGAUGUCCACUUUCCCUGAGGAGUUACAUUUUUCUCAGACUGCUGCUGCACCUUCUGUAUCACUCCCUCUUCUUACUGCCAACUGUUGCUAGGAUGAGUGAGGACUGGCCCUGGGACUGGAAACAUGGCUUCUUUUUACAAGUGCAUCAGAGGGGACUCCAGUGACUGUAACAUGAGUUCCACAAGGAUAAUGGACUCCAAACUGCGAGAGGCUGAAGGAUUUGGUGAAGACAAUUCAGGAAAGAAAAAGUCAAAGUUCAAAUCUUUCAAAAAGUUCUUUGGUAAAAGGAAAAGGAAAGAGACCUUACCAUCUAUGGGGACCAGCCGUUUGAAACCAUGCCAGUCAACCAGUGAUGUCAUGGCCUCAGAGUCUGCGCACAUAAGCUAUGAUUCUGAAGAUGAACUUGAGAACCACAAAGGUGUCAUGGGAAGCAGAGCUUUGUCACAUGACAGCAUUUUCAUUCCUGAGGCUGCGCAAGAACCAUGUAGGCGAGUACGAGUGUUUUCUCAGGAAAACAUUUCAGAUCGGAUUAGAACUUUACAGUUGAAACUCCAGCAUAAUUUGAAACUGGGUCCUCCUCCUCCUCCAUCGGGAAUUCUUGUGAAGCGGGUGGACGACGCUGGAGCCAGUUCAGAAGAUGAUGGAUUACCCAGAAGUCCUCCAGAAAUGUCUUUGAUACAUGAAGUACUUGGUUCCAACACAACAAGGUUCUCUGACUCUCACAAGCAUCUUAGCUCUUUGAGUUUAGCUGGAACAGGCAGUGAAGAAGAAGAACAGGUCACAUCAGGUCCUUCUUCUAGACCUCGCUCAACAGAAGGUCAACUAUUCCCUAAGCAUGAGAGUGCUAAAACUAGAUCUCCCCGAACAUCUGACAGCAGCAUUUCACCUGCAGCUGAUUUUGACACUCCGCCCAAGUACUCCACUUGCUUGGAUAACUCUGCUGCUAAACACAAGCUUUUAAUAAAACCACGGAACCAGAGAUCUAGUAGAAUGCAAAGAUUUUCUUUGACCCAGUCUGAAUCUCUGAAUGACUUGAGCUGUACUCCAGAAGAGGAGGAGCAUGAUGGAAGAGAGAUACUGACAGACUUGACAGAUGAAAUCCUCAAUACCAGUCAUCAGGAUCUGUCAGGCAGCACAGCUGUAACAUGUGACAUGCCUUCCUUGCAAAGAGCUGAAAUACCUGCAGACUUUUCCUAUUGCUUAAGACAGACAGAUGAAAGGCCUUCCUCACUGCAAUUCACUGCUGAGUCUGCCAUCAGACAAAAAGUCUUAUUACCUGAGAAUAAUCCUGAGUUAUGCCAAACUGCACAGGAAUUAACAUACCUUGCAUCAGAUUAUCCAUCUCCCUUAGAACCUAAAGAAAAUUCAAUUACAUGGAGUGGGAUACAGAAUAGAGAAAUGCAAAGGGAAAGAAAAUGCUCAGAAACACUGAAUAUUUCCAUGGGGAAUGUCUAUGAAGUGUCAAAUGAUAUUAUGAAUCGAGAAAAUAAACAGCUUCCAAGUGUGCCUCUAAUUAAUAAGAUGCUUUCUGAAGGGGAUGCUCCAACCCAUCAGGAUAUUUCUUCUUGUUUGGAAGGGUCAAAAGACAAAGGGCAGAAGGAUAAGAUAUCUGUGGAAACAUUCUGUAAUAUGGAGGAAAAGAGAGAAUCUGCUGUAUUCUCUGGGUCCUGCAAGCAGCUACCCGAAGGUCCUUCUCAGCAUGUCUCUCAGUCUGCUUUAUCACAGGCAGGGGCUUGUGCUGCCUGGUCUCCGGAAAAGAAGUCCAUUCAAGAGCCAGCCGUAUCUAAUGAAGAAAAUAAUCAGUCACUAAUACAAAGAGAGACAAUUUUGGAGAGAAAGGGGGAGAAAGCAGCCACUGGACCCAUUGCUUUGAGAAAAUUUUCAGUGUCAUCAGCAUGGGAAAGGCCAAGGACUAGCAGCUUUCACUUGAAAGAGAGUUCAGAGUAUGAAAGUUUAUUAAACUCCAGAUUAUCUCUGCCCAAACCAAACCUCUUACAAAAUGAGAAGUCAAAAGAGGAAGUGCAGAUGGGAUCAGAUCUGCAAGAGAGAAAAAGUAGAAAUAAAAUGCGGGCAUUGUUGCCAGAGUCUGACUGUGAGAUCACUGGCCAUGCUAUGGAUAAAAUGGUGUCUGGCUGUGUUUCUCAGGUGGCUGAUGAGACUUCUAUGCCAGGUGAUUCUUCUCUGGUAUCCCAGCAUCAGUCAAGCUGUGAAGAUAAGAAUCCUUUUCAAGUAAAACUUAGGUCCACCUCACUAUCCUUGAAAUAUGGAGACAGCUCUUCAACAGAAGCAAAAGGGAUUAAAAGAUACAGUGCAGAGUUUAAUGUGGACAAAGAAGGGUUGGCUUCAUUUUUAAAAGGUGAAAAAGCACAGAUAAAAACAACAACUGAUGUAAAUAUCAGUGUCUCUUUAAAUGCCAAUCAAACGCCUAAAGCAAAAUCUCCUGAACAGCUUAACACAAAACCUCCAUUGCCUAAGAAGCCUAUUUUGCAAAAUAUAACAAAUUCAAACAAGGAAAAGCAGGAAAAUGGCAUUAAAUCUCCUGAAUCCAGAAAUGAAGAUAGAGACUUGGAGAAAAAAUUAAGUCCUCCUCAAGUGCCUGAGAAAAGUGUGCCUUCUUUAGUGAUGACAGCAGACUCUGGAAGAAGAAUAGACAGUGAGUCAAAGCCAGCCUGGAUUACAAUAGCAAGACAGAAGCAGAGGGGUAUGCAGCAGGAACAAGAGCUUAAUACAGAAGAGAAACUUGUGGUUCAAGAUAUGAAAUCAGAAACAGAAAAAGCAAACCAGGAAAAGGAAAGAACAGAGGGGUCAGUGAAGCAACAAACAGAUUCCAUCAGGAACAAAUUUUCAGAUUCAGCCACUACUUCUGAAGAACAGAGGAAAGAAACAAAGUCUGACGUGAAAGAACCACUGCCAAGAGCCAGCUUUCUGUCACAUCAUGUCUCUGAAGAAAUAAGCCAGUGUAAGAAGGCCAGUCAUUCUGCUCCAGAUCAGCCAUCCUGGAUGGAACUUGCCAAAAAGAAAUCUCAAGCUUGGAAUGAUAUGCCACGGAUUAUAAAAUAGGAGUCUGCACCUUGGACCAAGCAUCUGCUGCUUUGGAUAAUGUUGUAGUCAUCUUUUUUUAAUGGCUUUAGAACAGGUAUUUGCAAUGAAAAUCUGUGGAACUUGAGAAGGGCUUUAUUAUAAAGCUGUGGAGAAAGAGUGCAAUAAGUGCAAUCAAAAAGCUUACCUUAACCUCUUGUAGCAAUCAGGAUGGUACUAGAAAUGGUUUAAGCCACUUUAAGGACAUUGUUUUUCAAAUUUUUCUGCAAGAUAUAACUUUCUGCCUUAUAUGGUACGUGUAUUUUCCCCUCUCUAAUGAUAUGUGCAUAAAACCAAGGUCUUUGUAAAGCCACGUGGAGCUUCUGGAUGUAAACGUGUUUGUUAAACGUUCUUAAUUUUAUGUUUGUCAGUUGUCCACUAACAUUUUGAUUUUCUGAAUUUGUCUGGUAUAUCUUUUAACUGAGGUGUUUGGGCCAAGGGAGUACUCAUGAAUUUUAUUUUUAGUGAGUAAGCUAUCAAACAUUCACUAUGCAGAAUUUGCUCUUUGGGCUAUGUGAUUGGUUAGCCAAGGUGCUUGGUAUGGUUUAUAAUAUGGUAAUUCGUGCACGAGUAAACUUGUUUGAGGAAUUUUCAUUCAUUUUCAUGCACAGAUAUUUGUGUGAACAAAACUCACCGCAGAAAUGGUCAUAGAAAAGUGAGUAAUUGGGAAGCAAAUUCAGAUUUGAAUCAGAAUUGGAAUUCCAUACAUAUAUUUAUGAAUAUUUUUUUUCCUAGAAUUCACCCAGCUGCUGCUAUUCUUUCUUUAUGAGAAAAAUGGCUUGUGGUAUGAUGAUUAGUGCUUAUGGUAUGUUUAUGAUACCAAGGAUAAAGAUUAUGAAUGUAGAUAAAGAAUAUUAAGCAUGACCACAUGGUUGGAGCUUCACCUCAGUGGUUAAAAAAGCAGGAACUGGACAGUUGAGGCACUUCUGAGCUCUAUGACCGCAUAAACUUAAUUCCCUUCUUUUCCUCCUGCCUCUACACAUGAAUUGUAAUAAGAAAUGGAAAGUUCAUUAUUCCUUCCCACACUGGAUUAAGACUGCCAUUUUCUUUGUGCCCUCAACUCCAGUUCAGUAUUCUGUUCAUGCAGUCUAGUGGGACUGUCUAUGCUGCCUGUGUAGCGCUGAUAUGGGAAAUAAUGGCUGCUAGUUGGCAGAGUUUACGCCAAAUACUGUGUUCUGCCUGUUCUUUGGCUGUACGAUCUCAGCUAAAAGAAGCUAACAACAAUCUGUUAGCAAAUGUCCUAAGAUCAAUGUGUUUUUGUUAAGGCAAGUGUUCUUCACUCUUGUAAGAAUGUUACGUGAAAGCUAUGGGGUUGUUUUAUUGUGUUAGGAGGUGGAGGGGACUUUCUUAAUCUCUUAUAAAUUUGUGGUUUGUUUGUAUUUUGUUUUUUGGGUUUUGUUUGUUUUUUUUUCCUGGAACACUAACAGCCUUUUCAGAUAUGUAGGGAGACUGUCACUUAGAAUUUCCUGUUUUUCUGAUGCUGGAAACCAUGUGUCCUGGGUCAGUGUGGGGGAUGGAAAAACACUGGGUGUAGAAGCAUCUUUAACCUUUUAAUGAAGAUUUUUGCGAGUAAAUGGGUGACACCAAACUUUGGGGCAAAGCAUCCACACCAGAAGACAGGCGGGUGAUCCAGGCUGACCUGGACAAGCUCAGCAAGUGGGCGGACGAGAAUCUGAUGGUGUUCAACGCCAAUAAAUGCAAGGUUCUCCACCUUGGGGAAAAUAACCUGCAGCAUCCUUAUAGGCUCGGCAGUGCUUUGUUGGCUAGCACUAUGGAAGAAGGAGACUUGGGGGUCAUCAUUGACCACAAGAUGAACAUGAGCCUGCAAUGCGAUGCUGCGGCUAGUAAAGUGACCAAAACGCUGGCUUGCAUCCAUAGAUGCUUCUCAAGCAAAUCCCGGGACGUCAUUCUCCCUCUGUACUCGGCCUUAGUGAGGCCGCAGCUGGAGUACUAUGUCCAGUUUUGGGCUCCACAAUUCAAAAGUAUGUGGAGAAGCUUGAGAGAGUCCAGAGAAGAGCCACGUGCAUGAUCAGAGGUCAGGGAAGCAGACCCUACGAUGACAGGCUGAGAGCCCUGGGGCUCUUUAGCCUGGAAAAGCGCAGGCUCAGGGGUGAUCUGAUGGCCACCUACAAGUUUAUCAGGGGUGACCACCAGUAUCUGGGGGAACAUUUGUUCACCAGAGUGCCCCAAGGGAUGACGAGGUCGAAUGGUCACAAACUACUACAAGAUCGUUUCAGGCUGGACAUAAGGAAGAAUUUCUUUACUGUCCGAGCCCCCAAGGUCUGGAACAGCCUGCCACCGGAGGUCGUUCAAACGCCUUCAUUGAACACCUUCAAGAUGAAACUGGAUGCUUAUCUUGCUGGGAUCCUAUGACCCCAGCUGACUUCCUGCCCUUCGGGCGGGGGGCUGGACUCGAUGAUCUUCCAAGGUCCCUUCCAGCCCUAAUGUCUAUGAAAUAAGACAUCAAAGCUUCUGAAUGCUUGGAACCAGUUGUGUUGUUUCAGGCAGGUCUCCUUAGUAAUAGAAAAUGAGGGUGCGAGAGUCUAGAAACUGCACAGUACAACUAUUUUUCUUCAAAGAAUAAAAACUAAACUUUUUUUAAAAAGACAAAUGCCAUCAUCUGUAUCAUGAAAUUUAAAAAAAAUGCUUGUUAGAGCCUUUUGCGACAGGAGCAACCUAUAUCUGUCGUUAAAGGACCUGAUACUGCAGUACGGUUCUUAGGCAGAACUUCUGUUGAUCUCAUUGGAAUUACAAAUUUCAAAGCAACAGUUCUUGUAAGUGUUUGAAAAUCAAGAGCAGCAGUAGUUGUCUAAGUUAUGCAGUGUUAAGGGCUGACUUCUGUGAAUUUUUGGAUGAUCUAAAAAAAGUGAAGACUUUCCUUACGUUAUAUGUAAAAAGAUGUUUGAGAGCAAAGGUCAGAUUUAUAUUUAAACUGCCACAAAGCUGUUUGCACAGUCAACCUUCACCAUGUUCCUUGUUACUGUGCGUUUAUAGCAUAGUCUUUAAUCAUGAAUUUUUCAAACCAGACAAUUUAUACUAUAUGUUUGUGUUAAAUGUGCUAGAACAUGAAAAGACCAUUUUUAGGUACCGUUAAAAUAUCGUUAACCCCCCCCCAUAAAUAAAAUUUUGCUUUAUGAUUUUCACACUUUUUUUACUUAAAGACUGUAUUACAUCUUGCAGCAUUCCUGAGACAGCCCUAAAAGAAAACUGUAAACACAAAUCUGAUUUUUUUUUAAAUCUAUGUUAUUUGAUUAUUACAUGCUACAAGCCUCACUGAAGAGUAGAUUGCUUUCAGGACAUUAACUUGAAGAACCAAGAUUCAUGGUUUGUUAUCCUUCUUCUUAGUUUUCUCUACUACUAAUUAUUGAAAGCAGGUCUGAUCACUGCUGAACCUCUAGGUUGUGAGUACUGUAACUACAAAGGGAAAGCAUCACAUUCUUCCUCUCUGUUAUUGCUAGACAGACGUUCAGGAUAGUGAAGAUCUGUAGUAGAGUCUGCUCAAAUUUCCUUCACAAGUACCAGUUACAAAAAAAAAUAGAUCUCUCACAUAUGAGAGAGUUCUAAAAAAACAGUUCUUCUAUAUUUCUCAAUGGUACAUGCAGCUCAAAUAUUAAUGCAGUGUUUUUUGUUUGGUUCUUUAAGUGUUGUGGGUGAAAUCCUAGUGCCAUUGAAGUCUGUGAGUUUUGUCAGCGAGCUCAGUGUGAACAAGGUGUGCUGACUCCCACUAACUUGGCUUAUAUUUAUCUUUUUUUUAACGAUUGAUGGUUUGUAGCAGGAGUAGUAGCAAUUGGCUACUGUGGGCAUGCUCUUGGAUCCAUGGAUGCCAACAACAAAACUUCCGCUGAUUUCAGUGGAAACAAGCUCUAGUUUUGCAGGGUGUUUAGUGUGACAUGGCAGUAGCUCAGAACCUUGAAGGAUCACAUAAGUCAGUCUUAGCCAAUUGUUAAACAGUCACUAUUAUCCACUCAGUCUGGUGAACAGUAGGUCUGAACUAUUUCAAUCCAGCCUGUCUUCCCUCAACCAAAUAGGCUGUAUUAGGCAAUACAAAGGUGUAGCAUAAAUGUAUUGAUAAACACUUGCUCAUUAGGAAGCUGAGCUACAUUUUGCAUUUUCUACCAGGUGGAAAAAACUUUGUAAACAGUUUUACUGUGGAUGCUAGUGUACUCUUCCAGUUAGGAAGCAAAAUGGUUGACUGACUCAGCAGGAUCCAUUUUGCUGGAGGAACUGCAACAAGAACCAAGCAGUACAGUAUCAAAUCUAUUGAAAUAACAUGGCCUUAGCAAUAAAGAAAUAUGGUUUUUAGCUAAAUUAAUACAGCAAUCAAGAAAACCAUGAAAGUGAAGAGUAGGAAGCCUUAGUGUUUUUUUCCUCUCUCAAAACGCAUGGACUGUAUAUUUAGGAGCAGUCCUUGUGCUGGCUGUUGAAUGACUGAAUUUCAGUGUUGAAGCUGGCUGUUGUUCUGAGUACAUUCAAUGUAAAUUAAAUUGUGUUUUAUGUUUCUAAAUCUGAAAACUGUAGAUUUUGUGACUUUACAUGGUAUUUUCUAUUUUGCUUAAUGAAAUAUAGCUACCUCCUAAUGUUUAUUCCAGUAAUUUUAAGAUUAAAAAAUCACAACUAAAUGAUUUUAAUAUUGUAUAGAUAAUUGUAAUAAAUACCUUUUUAAGGCCAAAAUAUCUCUCUGGCCUUUUCUUCCAACUAGUGUUGUUUUGCAGUGUCUUGUUUUUAACAGAGCAUGUUUACCAAAUCUGUUCCCUUUUUUAGGGGCAGUUUGGGCUAAAAAACCUUUUUAUCAGUAAAAAGGUUCAAAAGCAAAUUUGAAAAGAGUUUGUUGUAAUUUUGGGAUUCCAGUAAUUCCCUGGUAGUCUUGAUGGGUAUAAUAAAAUUGCCAAAAUGUUUGCUUUAUAUACAUGAUGAACACUCAACUACAAGAGACAAAGGUUUAAUUAUAGGGCUCUGUUUACAGUUAUAAGGUAACUUUUUUUAGUGUAAAAAAUAAUAUCUAGUAGUGCAGUAUCUUUCACAGCUACUUAAGAUGAAAGUCACCCCUAUGCAAAGAGCCAAUACAAUAUCUGCAUAAUAUAAGUCAUCAAAAUAGGCCCUACAUUGGUCUUCAGUGAUACGUAGGCCCUAUGCUGUCCCUCUGGCCGCCGAUGCAUUUCAGGGUAUAGACAAAUGUACCUUUUAAUGGCUUUUAAAAGGCGAGGGGGGCUGCUUCUAAGGAAAUGGUAUCAGUUAUUAUAAUGUAAGUGUUAACAGAGUUACCAUUGUAGCAGUUUUGCCACCUCCCCCCCCCCCCUUGCCUUUUAUUGGUUUGGAAUCAUGCCAAGUUGCAUUAUAACAGGCUUUGGCAUCUUUUUGAUAUUGAUACAAUUGGGUGUGUACACACAUACUAAGCCAACUUAAAAUAAUCUGAUUUAACUAAAAUGACUUAAGCUGAAGCCGAAGCUGACUUAAGUUAAGCCACGUCAAAGCACACACAUGUACAUCUCCCUGAUAUGGUGGCAGCCAUCUUGUGAGCUGAGUCAACUUAACUAAUGCGGCUCAAUAUAAUACACCAUGGAGGUGUAUUAUCUUGUGCUGCAUUCAAGAUGACUGCUCCACAUGCAUGUAUACACUCUGAAAGUUGUCAGCUUUAAAAAAAAUUAAGGCAACUUAAUGACAAAGUUAGUAUGUGUGUACACACCCAUUGUUGCAGCUGUUUAUAACCACGUCCAUGUUGUCAACAUUGAUGGGGCAUUCCACUAAUGGGUGUUAUUUCCCAUAUGAAGUUUAUGUUGUCUGACAUCAUAAAUUUAUAAAUGUUAUUAUAAUUUUUUUAUCAAUUAUUAUGUCCAGAUAAUUCUCCAUCUGCUGCUGCUCUUUACUCCUGGGGCACUGCUGUAAGAUAUAUAUUUGCAUUAUCCCAACUAUAUAGUCUUGCUUUCCAGUAUCUUUCCAUGUCUGUGGGCUACCUGAACUUUCCAUUUCUCUAUAUACAUUGGCUUUAUUCCCAGAACACCCUUCCUGCAAUGAUCUAAGGCAACUCCUUUCAUCCAGGAAAAUUAAAAAAAAUAUAUUUUCUCUCUCCAGGAUCCAGAAUAUACCUAAGAACUAUCAGUGAAUUCAGUAAGGCUAUGGAAAAUUUUGUUGAAGGAAACUGUGUGUGGAAACCAUUUUCUCCCCCAUCACUUGCUUUCUACACUUGGCAUUGUUGAUUUCUUUCUGUUUUAAUAUCAGAAAGGAAAUUUUUAUUUUUCAAAUAUUUAUUAUGAAUAUGAACCUGAUACUUUUUUUGUUUCUUAAGCCUUCUUUGCAAAUAAAUUGCAAAUGUUGUACAUUCAUAAUUCUAAUGAAUGGCAUUUUGUUCUAUACAGGUUCUUAUAACUGUUUCACAAAAAUGUUAACAUAUACCAGAAUGUCUAUUAAUUCAUACUAAUGAAUAAGUGACCUACUAAGUUCUGGGACUUUUUACUGUGUUGAAUUCUAGGUGUUGGUAAUUUAUUGUGAAAUUAACUCUAAGAGUCUGUUUUUGAAAGUAAAUUCUGCCUGAGAAACCUCCUAACAAGAAAAGUCAGUGUAGGAAAUAUAAGCACCAUCAUCUACUUUGAGAAGGAUCAGAAAAUAAAUCUUAUUGUACAGAGAGCAAAUGACUUGAUCCUGUCCAUGCUGGUGGUUUCUGGGAGCACAAAUGAAAUUAGCUGCUCUGACAUGAAAAAGGUCCUAAAGCAUAGGCUGAGCCCUAACAGGGCUCAGCCCCCCCCCCCCCAAACACAGGGCAGCAGGUAUGGCUGUAGGACAGCCUGGCUGCAGGCUGCUGCAGCAGGGAGAAAGGGCACACAUACUGAGAUGCCCUCUGCAGCCAGGAUCGCAGCCAGCCCAGCAGGCAGGUAAGUUUCUUUCAAUUUUUUUUUUUUCAUAACUGCCUGGACUUGGGGGUCAAGGGCCUUCCCCUGGCAGGGUGGGGAAGGCAGCCAGCUCCAGCACCUGGGGCUUCCCUCCCGGGCUGUGCAAGUGCAGGAGCUGCGUGUGAGUGGCAGGGAGCACCAGCAAUACAGACAGCCCUGAGGAGGUUGUGCCCCUCGCUGCAAUGAGCAGCGCUGGCUGGAUCCAUGCCCUGCUGGGCACCUGUGCCCUGAGCACCCUGCCUGUUGCCGCUGCCACCACCUGUCAGAGUUGCAUGCCAUGGCGGAGUGUGGAUGGGGAUCCCCACAUCCCCAACCCUCGGCACGCCUACACAUUGCCCACCCAAGCUCCGUGCUGCCGCUGCCCACCUGGUUGCAGGCUCCGCCCUGCAGCCAACCAAAGCCCCAUGCUCCAAGCUCCUGCUCAGCUGUAGCUCCACCCCUGCCACUUCCCUACCUGCUGCCCAGAGCCAGCAUGAGACUGGGAAAGCAGAGCAAGUCCCUGGGGGCUUAAGCAGCAGCCCCAUGCAAAAGCUGUGUGCUGGUUGGUGGGGCCUUCCACCCACGAGAGUGGGAGCGAGGCAACAGGGUAUGUUUGGGGCUGUGUGUACCUCACUCCCAGGAAGGGCUGGGCGGAGCACAAUUUGUUGAUAGAUGCUGCAGGCCAGGUGAAAGUGUGUGGUGGGCUGGAUCUGGCCCCCAGGCUUUAUUUUGCCCGCCCCAGGUCUGUAGCAUGCCUUUUGUUUGGAGAAUGGCUUGUUCCAACACCUAUGUAAGAGCAGUUAAAAGAGAAACCUCUCUAGCAGUAGGUAGACUAUGAGGAUAAUUCAGAAGGACAAAUAUAAUCAAACUAAUGAGAUGCCUGCAAAGGAGAAUAACAAGUCCUGUUAUACUAUACUGACAGGGACAUUCGUUUUUCUGGGGUUUUUGGUUGUUUUUUUCCCCUCUUUCCGAUCUUCCCCCAAUAAAAUACCAAAUCCAAAGAAACAGCAGCAUCGCUCCAUUAAACCCUCAGAAGGGAAAGAAAAAAUACCCACUGAAAAGAAAUGUAUGCCUUGAAAAAAAGGGAAGGAGUUGUGAAAAUAGAGCUAAGUGAUUCUGUCUUAAUAGGGAAUUGUUUCAGAGCAGGGAAGCUGCCUUGCAGACUUCUAACUGGCUUGUUCUUUGUUGCUUAUUCUGCUUACAUGGUGCAAUUCAGCGGGCUGCCUGUUGGUGAAUAGUGACUGAAUUUCAUUAAAGUCAUGUUCAGUUACUGAGCAUGUUCCAUCAGAGGAAAGGAGAAAUGGGGCACUAACUGCCUGGGGCAGGUGGUCGUAAGUCACCUCUGAUGGUACUCUGGAGAAACUCAGGGUUAUUGACAUUUCAUUUUAUUCCGGUUUCCCUCUAGAAUAUUUGAUUACUGGGACUAUAGAAUUGAAUUUACCUUGAGAUCCUGGAUAGUAGGUCAGGACACAUAAGCCUUUCGCUGACCUGUUUCACUAGUGCAGGAAUGAGGGGGACCCUUAAAUCUUUUGUUUUGUUUUUAGAAAAUGGUACUGUUCCUGUUGGAAUUAAUUUGCCUGGACUUAAAUAUUGGUUUGAUAUCAAGAAAGUGGAGGACAUUUAUAUAAAAAAAAAGAAAUCUAUGCUGUUUUCCCUCUUGCAGGGGAUGGAUAGUUUCCUCAGGUCUCCUGUCCAGCUAAGGGCCUUGGGUGCUAAUUGACAUGACUCAAGGGAGAAUAGUUUUGGACUAGUAAUGUGAAGGGUGAUUCCUAGAAGUUGUAACAAGGAUAUGUGAGAGAACUGCUUUAUGCAGAUGGAUAAGAGGUGACACUCUUAAAAAUAGAUGUCUUAGAAGUCUUAACCUAGACGUUAGAACCUAAACUGGAUUUAGUAGAAGGCAGGGGCAGAUCCAGGAGGGGUGCAGUGGUGCAGUUGCACCCCCUCUGAUCCCUGCUCCACCCAAACUUUAAAACAAACUGCCUGGGAGGGCAUCAGCAUUUUCUAUUUAGGCAAUGCUGAGAGAGUAAACUGACUUCAUGGAUCCUUUAUCAUCUCCCUGAUUCCUGAUAAUCUGUCCCCACUCCACACAUGUUAAGGACCCUCUGUCUUUUUUAAUGGUCUUGAUGUUCCACUGCAAUUUAGUUUAAAGUUUGGCAUUCCCAGUAAUGUGUGUUUUUUUUUCUAUUUCGUAGCCCUGCAGACUGUUUUUAGUUUUAGCUAAAAAGUUUAACACAGGUGUAGUAAUAUUAACUCAAGUAUAGAAAUGACUGACACCAAAGUAUUGGAGUCAUUGUCAAGAUGCUCAAGAAGGCUAUACCUUGUUUUAUGAAUCUGAAUAAGAAAUGUACAUUUAACUAUAAUGACUAUGGGUCUAAUGACAAUAACUUUUGACUAUUUUUGCCUAGUUUGUUGUGUUUUUUUUAAAUUUAAUAUAUAAUCUAGCAAAUUAGUGCACAUUUCAAUAGUUAUGUUUGUUUUUGCUUUAAUCUUAAAUAAUAAUACAGGGCUACCCCCCUUGCAUAUUAGUAAAGCUUCUGGUUUCUCUUUUAACUGGAAAAAAAAUGUGUCAUGUUGUAUGCAGUGAUGUGCCACACCAUCUGCACCCCUGUUUUCAAAAUCCUAGAACCGCCCAUGGUCGAAGGUCGGAGAUGCAUUCAGUACAGAAAACGGUCCUGAAAUUCUGCUAAAGGGUGAAGUCUAAUUUAGAAUAGAGAAUAACAAUCUCAAUCUCUCCAAAUAAAAUUUCCUUUUGAAUUUUGUGUGUCCCUGAAGAGAUGGGAAAUACAUCUUCAAUAUUUGUAAAAAUAUUAAGUCUCUGCCUUAUGUUUUAUGAAAGAAAGUUUGCUGGCUUCAAGCAUCCUUCCUAAAUCAGUGGGUUAAUCUCUUUAGUAAGCUGCUGUGCCUAACUCUGCAAGCAAGCAGAUAAGGACAGUAAGAACAGUGCUUUUCCUUUUGAUUCUUAGCCAGUAUUUGGGCAACCUGUUACUUUUCUCUUUGGCACAGGCAUGCUUUCUAUGUCACUGGAACAAAUUCUUCAGUAGUUUUUUCUUCCCAAUGUCACUUGCUCAAUUCAAAGCUAUGGAAAAAAAAAUCAUUCUGGAUUCAGAGGGGAAAUUUACGUUUAUUAGGUGUUUUUUAAUGUACAGUUAGCUAUUAUAGUACCUUUUUAAAUAUCCUUCUUUUUAUGGAUUAGCUUCCUUCAUUUUUCAAAGAGUUAAGGCAAUGAGAAGCUUCCAUUCAGAUUCUGACUGUUAAUUUUGCUGAGUUACUUAGUAUUUGCAUUGGAAUAACUAGGAUCUGAAAAUACUCUUUCAUCUCUGUGAAUACCAAGUGGCACACUAUUUUUUAGAAGCAUAUCUGGGAAGGGUUUCAAAGAGGAUUUUUAAAAUCUCUCUCCUUUGCUAGGUCUACAACUUGCUUUCCCUUUUUUUGCCGUGCCAGGAAAUCCAAUAUUCUAAUCAAGUGAAAAAUCAUUCCUCUAUGCAUGGGGCCCACACAAGUGGUGCAUAUGUAGCUCUCUCUGUCCUGUAGGAGCUGGACCACACAGAUUUAUGAGUUGAUAUAACCUUCAAGCUAACAGGGGAUAUUUUAGAGCCAGGGGCCUUGUGUUCAAGCCCCAACGGUAUCAUGUUGCAUUACAAAUCAAGUCUCAUGCUGACUCUGAAUUUCACCCUUAAUGAAUGUAGAUCUUGCUGAGAUUAAUUUAUCUAUACUAUUAAGUUGGUCUUUUAAGGGAUAGAUAUAUUGAUUCAUAAGUGAAUUAAGCCUAUAAAUUCUGUCUACCUGAUCUUGCCAGAUAUCAUAACUAAAUUCUGUAUUUUUAGUUAAUUUUUGCUCAGUUAUAUGUAAUAGCUUUAUAUUGAUAUUCCUCCUGCUCGGGAACCUGUAUGAGAGUGGUGUUUUGAUUACAGGAAUUACACGUAGUUACUUAUGUGUUGUGAGUAAUAUAUUUUAUGGCACUUUCCCAUUGUUAAUAACUAUAGUGGUGUUUAAUUAUUGAGAUGUUUUAUAAAGCAUUUUUAAGAGAAAAAUUUUGUUCUGAUUAAAUAAACAUUAUGCAAAUUCCA